AUGAUCACAGCUUCCUCAGAUGUUACAAAUAUCCAAACAGAACGGCAAUCACUGCUUCAAUUCAGAAAAGGACUUACAGAUGAAGCAAAUCGUCAGUCUAUAUGGACCGGAGUAGAAUGUUGCGAGUGGAAGGGAGUUGGGUGUGACCGGAGAAAUACUCAUGUUGUCAAACUUGAUCUUCGAUCUCCAUUAUCUUUCAUGGACGACAAUACUUUAAACACAAGCAAUUGGCUAGAAGGUAAGGUAAGUCCUUCCUUACUAAACUUGAAGCAUUUGCGUUACUUGGAUCUGAGCAUGAACAAUUUCUCGAGACAAAAUAUUCCUGAAUUCUUUGGGUCUUUCAAGUACUUGGAAUACCUUAACCUUUCUUACUCAGGUUUUAGUGGUGUAGUCCCUCCUUAUCUAGGAAAUCUAUCAAGGUUAAAGUAUCUUGAUCUUAAACAUCUAAAUAGGUACGACAUAGUAUUUCUCCCCUAUGACGUUUCUUUGAUGGUCAAGGAUGAUCUACGGUGGGUGUCUUUGUUAUCCUCGUUAAAGCAUUUGGAUGUCUCAGGGAUAACAAUCGGUAACCAUAUUGAUUGGUUUUAUCUGGUUAGCGUGUUACCUUUUUUGCUUACACUAAACUUGGCCUCAUGUGAUAUCAAUAUCUCCCCCAAAACGCUCAUCAAUUUCACUUCUCUGGAUUCACUAAAUAUUUACGGAAACUACAUAAGUUCGACGAUUCCUGUUUGGUUAUCAAACCUUACUGAUCUCGUGAAUCUAAACCUUAAAGACAACAACUUCCAUGGCCGAAUACCUGAUUCGAUUGGAAACUUGAGUUCUCUUUCUUCCAUCGACCUUUCAUUCAAUCAUUUGUCUGGUGGAAUACCUUCCUCACUUGGUGACCUAUCAUCUCUAAGAGUGAUCUCUCUUUGUAGUAAUCAAUUGAGUGGAAGCAUACCUAAAAGCAUAGGACUACUCAUGAGGCUACAAGAGCUAUUUUUUUGUUAUAAUAACUUGAGUGGGAGCAUACCUGGAAGCAUUGGACUACUCACGAGGCUACAAGAGCUCGAUCUUUAA